AUGGCUACUGUGAAGCUUAUCAGCUCUGACAAUGAGGACUUUACCGUCGACAAGGAGGUCGCUGAGAAGUCGGUCUUAAUUAAGAACAUGUUGGAAGAUGUCGGCGAUAGCGAUGCUCCCAUUCCUCUUCCUAAUGUCACAGCCAAGAUUCUUCGCAAGGUGAUCGAAUGGUGUGAUCAUCAUCGUAAUGAUCCUGCUGUUGCCCAGGAUGAGCAGGAUAGACGCAACACUGAUAUCGAAGAAUGGGACCAAAAGUAUAUGGAAGUCGAUCAAGAGACCCUGUUUGAUGUUAUCCUUGCUGCCAAUUAUCUUGAUAUCAAGCCAUUGUUGGAUGUGGGUUGUAAGACCGUUGCCAAUAUGAUCAAGGGCAAGAGCGCUGAGGAAAUUCGACGAACUUUCAACAUCACCAACGACUUUACACCUGAGGAGGAAGCCCAAAUUCGAAAGGAAAACGAAUGGGCUGAGGAUCGAUAA